AUGGCGAAGGCAGCCACAGCCCCCACGGGCGGCGGGACCAUGUUCUGCAGCCUGGACGCCCCGGUGAACGCCAUCAGCAUGUGCCGGGAUGGAGACCAGGUGGCCGUGGCCGGGAGGAACAUCUUCAAGAUUUACGGCAUCGAGGAGAACGGCUUGACCGAGCGCUGCAACCUCCGCUGCGGCCGCAAGCCCUCGCUCAGCCUGAGCUGCUCCGACGUGGCCUGGCACCCGCUGGACGAGGCUCUGCUCGCCACGGCGGCCACCAACGGGGCCGUGGUGACCUGGAACCUGGGCAAGGCGUCUCGCAACAAGCAGGAGCAGCUGUACAUGGAGCACAAGAGGACGGUCAACAGGGUGGCCUUCCACCCGGCCGAGAUCGCCCUGCUCCUCAGCGGCUCCCAGGACGGCUUCAUGAAGUGCUUCGACCUCAGGAGGAAGGAGUCCGUCUGCACCUUCUCAGGCCAGUCGGAGAGCGUGCGAGACGUGCACUUCAGCGUGAGGGACUGGUUCACCUUUGCCGCCACCUUCGAGAACGGCAACGUGCAGCUGUGGGACAUGCGGAGGCCCGACCGGUACGAGCUGAUGUUCACGGCCCACAACGGGCCCGUCUUCUCCUGCGACUGGCACCCGGACGACAGGAACGUGCUCGCAACCGGCGGCCGCGACAAGACGGUGAAGGUGUGGGACGUCUCCGGUGGCGGCGGCGGCGGUCUGCACUGCGUGCAGACCAUCGCCCCGGUGGGGCGGGUGGCGUGGCGGCCGGAGCGGCGGCACCAGUUGGCGACCUGCGCCGUGAUGCUGGACCACAGCGUGUCGGUGUGGGACGUGCGGCGGCCGUGCGUGCCCUUGGCCCUGUUCGCCGGGCACCGGGACGUGGCCACCGGCCUGGCCUGGCGCCGGGCCCGGGACCCGCACCGCCUGCUGUCGGGCUCCCGGGACGGCAGUCUGUACCAGCACAGCUUCCGGGACGCCCGGCGGCCGGACCUGGGCGGGCGGCCCGGUGGCCUGAGCUUUGGCCCGGCUGGGGAGCUGGCCUUCGCCCUUAGGGAGGAGACCGGGACCGGGGAUCACCGGGGAGGCGGCGGAGGGGGUCGGACGCACCCGUUCUUCUUCGCCCGGCGGCCCGACCCCGCCGAGCCCACGGCGGCUGCUUCCAGCCGCCUCGGCGUCUUCGAGCCGCGGCCCGGUGACCCCCCCGGUGCCGCCGCCGGUGACCGUCGCUCGGCCCCGACCCGGACCGGGACCCAGACCACCGCCCGCUACCGGCUGACCGGCCGCCCGCUGCCCGAGCUGUGCGAGCACAACGCCGCCGUGGCCCGGGCCCUGAGGCGCCCGCGGGCCGCGCACGUCUGGCGGGCGCUCAACAUCCUCUACGGCACCGCCGCCGACAGCAACAGCACCGGCACCGGAGGGGGAGCGGCGGGAGGGGGCCAUCAUCAUUCCCUCAGCAGCCCCACUCUGGUUAGCGAGAAGAAGCUGGACUGCGGCCGCCUGGAGUCCCGGGAUGACAGCCUGACCCCCCUGGCCCCCGCCUCAGCCCUGCUGCAGCACAACGAGGAAAACGAGGGGACGGAGGGGAGCGACGGGGCGGCCGAGGGGCUGUUCGCCGACGGGGAGGGCGAGGAAGACGACCUGUUCUUCUUCGCCGACGACCACGACAGCGCCCGGGGGGAGGAGCUGGUCCUGCCUCAGGAGGGCUUCACGCUGCGUCACGAGCUCGUGGACCACCCCGACACCCCGGACCCCCUCGCGGAGGAGACGGACUCCCCCCAGCCCAGCGGCGGCGAGACCGACUGUGUGUCGCUCAGCCCCACGGAGGGCAUCUCGCUGCUCUCCCUCCCCCAGCCUCUCCCCCAGCCCGGCUUCGCCCCCGACUACUUCAACCCCAUCGUCAGGGACAUGAUGUGCCUGUACGCCGAGCGGGGGGACGUGCAGAUGGCCGUCUCUGUCCUCGUCGUCCUCGGCGACAGGAUCAGGAAGGAAAUCGACGAGCAAACACAGGAGCACUGGUACAUGUCGUACAUCGAUCUGCUGCAGCGUUUCCGCCUGUGGAACGUGGCUAAUGAGGUGAUCAAGCUGAGCCCGUGCAGGUCAGUCAGUGGCCUGAACCAGGCAUCCACCACCCUCCACAUCAACUGCAGCAACUGCCGGCGGCCCAUGAACAGACGGGGCUGGGUGUGCGAGAGGUGUCGGCACCGAGCCAGCUCCUGUGCCAUCUGUCACCACGCAGUGAAGGGCCUGUUUGUGUGGUGCCAGGCUUGUGCCCACGGAGGGCACCUCCAGCACAUCAGAGAGUGGUUCCAGCUUCACGCACACUGCCCCGCGGGGUGCGGGCAUCUCUGCGAGUACACGUAGUGGGUGGUGAUGGGUGAGGGGGGAGAGAGAGAGAGUCCAUGGGUCUGGCCAUAGCUGAGCCAGUGUGUGACAUUGCCAUCAUUCGCUCACUGGACAAGUGGUGGUGUGGUGGUUGGGGGGGAAAAGCGAGCUUGGCUUUUGGGGCUUAAGAGAGGGAGAGGAGAGACAGAAGGGGGGGGGAGAGAGAGA